CUCUGGGCUCUCUGGCGGACGGACUUCCCAGGAAACUUUUUUACCGUUUUCCUUCUUUGCUCAGUCGCUGCAAUUUUGACCUUAUUGUAAAGAGGAGCGGGACGUCGCAGUGCAUCCCUAAACGGCAUACAUUUUUUGGCAACCCAGUCUUGCGGACCUCCUGGAUAAAUCAAACCGGUGUAAGGGGGUCGAAGGAAGGCCACGGAUGACCGAGGGAUUGUUUAUGUAUCUUUUUGGAUCUCAUAUAACGAGUUACAGUCGUUGCAGACUUUAUAAAUUGAUCACUAAUAAUGAGUGGACAUCCGUCACAACGGCGGCUAACAAAUGUCGGUUCGAUACUACUGACCCCGCAGGAAAAUGAAUCCCUUUUCAAUUACCUUGGCAGGAAAUGCAUGUCAUUGUCUUCAGCAGUGGUCCAGGUGUUCACAGCCGAAAGGAACUCCAGCUGGACUAAGAGAUGUUGCGGAGUGGCCUGUCUGGUCAAAGACAACCCCCUACGAUCCUACUUCAUCAGGGUCGUGGACAUCAAGGAUGGUAAGAUGAUGUUUGAACAGGAGCUGUACAACAACUUCAGCAUCUACCUCCCCAAACCUUACUUCAUCACAUUUGCUGGAGAUACAUGCCAAGUGGGUCUGAACUUUGCCAGUGAAGAGGAGACCAAGCGUUUUCGUAGCCACGUGACAGAUCUAAUUGGGAGAAGACAGAGGAAAUCUGAGAAAAGACGCGACCCUCCAAAUGGCCCGACGUUGCCCAUGGCUACCGUCGACAUCAAAAACCCAGAGAUCAGCAAUGUUCAGCGUUACCAUAACAACUCUCAGGUGAACAACAUUGUGCACUCGUCCUUCCAGAAGAGGGAGAAAAAGGGCAAGGCAAAGAAGAAGAGGUUGACCAAGGCAGACAUCGGCACACCGAGCAACUUCCAGCACAUCGGGCAUGUAGGAUGGGAUCCGAAUACAGGUUUUGAUCUAAAUAACUUGGACCCAGAGCUGAAGAAUCUGUUCGAUAUGUGCGGCAUCUCCGAGGCUCAGCUGAAGGACAAGGAGACCUCGAAGGUUAUCUACGACUUCAUUGAGAAGAAAGGAGGCGUAGAGGCUGUCAAAAAUGAGCUACGGAGACAAGCUCCCCCCCCCCCUCCAUCCAGAGGCGGCCCUCCUCCCCCACCCCCGCACCACAGCUCAGCCCCUCCUCCCCCCCCUCCUCCUGCCAGGGGGCGAGGUGCGCCGCCACCACCUCCCCCCUCCAGAGCACCCAUCUCUGCGCCCCCUCCUCCCCCUCCGUCUCGCCCGGGCAUGUCCGCCCCACCGCCUCCGCCCAACCGAGGCACUCUCCCGCCCUCCCCGCCACCGGCCCAUGCCUCGAUUCACGCGGCGCCUCCCCCGCCACCUCCACCCUCAUCCUCCACUCCGUACAGUACCGGCGCGCCGCCUCCUCCCCCUCCUCCUCCCCCACCCCCUGGCCCUCCGCCCCCCGCCCCUCCGCUGCCCACCGAGGCUAAUGGCGGCGACAGCGGCCUGCCCUCGACCGGCAAGCCGGCGCUGCUGAGUCAGAUCAGAGAAGGCACCCAGCUGAAGAAGGUGGAACAGAAAGAGAGGCCGGUGUCCAACAACACCGGCAGAGACGCACUUCUGGACCAAAUCCGACAAGGAAUCCAGCUCAAAGCGAGGGAAGACAACGCCGACUCAACCCCUUCCACCCCGGCUCCCUCGGCAGGCAUCGUCGGGGCCCUGAUGGAGGUGAUGCAGAAACGGAGCAAGGCUAUCCACUCUUCAGAUGAGGACGAUGACGAUGAAGAUGAGGAGGACUUUGAGGAUGAUGAUGAAUGGGAGGACUAGCGACAUUUUGUGUCUUUUUUUUUUUUUUUUUUUUUUUUUUUCUCUUUUCCUCUCCAACACGUGGAUGAUUAUGACACUAAAAUAGUUUUUGUCUUUCUAAAAAGAAAUCUUUCAUUUCAAAAUUCUAAAUGUAAAUGUUCUAUCAAUUUGCUGUAUAUUUUUGUUGCCUUCAUGCUUUUUUUUUUAUUAUUAAUCUGUGCAAUACCUCAUUUAAUCUGUAUGUUUGUCAUUCUCAUUAUCUUAGGUUGUUGUAUCUUCAUCUCUCAAUCGUGUCUGUCUCUACUCCGUUGGCUCCAUCUCUGAUAUGUCACAUAUCUCAUUUUAACCGUGUUCUGCUCUUUCCAUCGUUCUGCAUCUCUUUCUCCUCCUCCCACGUCAACAACUCUUUGAUGUUCAUCACCUCCAUCUGUCACUCGGCCAUCCUUCAUAUCUAGUGCCUCCCAUCACACAUGUUCUCUCCCUGUCACUGUCACGCUCCCAGUCCCGAGAUUAACGUGCAAUUUUACAUCAAGUUGUCUCUUAGAUUUGAAUGUUUUUUCUUUUGGUCAUUGUUUGAAAGGUGGGCUUAGUCGCCGCAAGUCCUCCAUCAGUUGUGUCUUCAUUGUUUCGUCAGGA